AUGCCUCCACUCCCAGACCCAUCCCAGGUAUGGACACCCGAUGUCAUUGCCACUGUCGUGUAUCGAGUUAUCAUGGUUAUUGUGAGCAUUGUCUUCAUUUGGCGAGCGUACCGGCAGCCGGUCAGAGCAGUUGAUGACGAGCAUGUCGUCGGCAUCAUUCUUCCACAUACUUCUGAUCGCACCGCUUCCGCUUCCUCGAGCGAUUCUUCUUCCGAACUACCAUCAAGUUCCAAGUCCAUGAUGCACGACUUCAUGACGGCACAAGUCGAGUCCAUCAUGCAAUCGGCUCUUGGAAUUGGAGAUGUUGGCAAUGAUACCCCUCCUCCGGCACUCGGAAAUAAUGGCAAGAGCAUAUCAUCCACCGCUGGGUCAAGUACGUCGGCUUUAAGCGUUGAAGCUCCUCACAAAGUUGAUCCAGAUACUAUGAACCGUCCGGGUGCACGUCGUGUUGGGAAGACAUAG